AUGACAGACUAUUCGAAGGUUCCGAUCAAUUCCUUGGAGUCUCUCCGUUUGAGACUCACUCAGGCUAUGCAUUCACUGAAUAAAUUGAAUGAUUCCAUACAUCAGUCACAAACUCUACCUCAAUGGUCAUCCAUCCAAAACCAACUCACAGUCAUUCUAUCCCAACUAACCUCUCUUUCGACGACGUUGGAAACACAACGAGAAAUCCUACAGUACAUAAACGUUUACCCUCUGCCGGAAUUUCCAUCAACGACGCAUGAAGGGCUAUUGACUACACUAUUGCGGAAGAAGAACAUUCCUGAGGUAUCUGAAUGGAUAACACAAUCUUUAGAGGAGUCCAAAGAUAAGAACCCUUCUGCGUCCGACCAAUUUGCUACCUGGUGUGCUGAAACAAGUGCUCAAGAAAGUGAAAAUUGGAUUUUCACUGGAUUUCGAACAAAAUAUGAAAUAGACAACGAUAUACCGCAGGCCCCAGAGUAUUCUCUUAGGGAGUCCACAAGCACAAACGUAUCACAAGAUGAAGUCUCUACAGAUGACUUGAACAAAUUAAUCUACAUGGGAAUAGAUCCCAGAAAACAGUAG